AUGUGGAAUCAGAGACCUACACUGCACUGCAGAGCCAAAAUGCAAAGGCGUUCGCUAGCCCCUUUCACACUGCGAACUCCCAAGGUCAACGAAACAAAAAGCCCCGACCAAACUCAGUCAGACCAUUGCUUGGACGCGGAGCUCCGACGGAAGCUCAGAUCCCCGUGUCACCGCGCAGCCCCCUCAGCACGUUUCCCUUUUGCAUCAGCGCUGACGGCAUCGGGCAGCCUGCGCCUGCCGCCGGUGCCAGGGCUGCAGCGCGGAGCAAGGGGGGGGGUCGGCGGCAGGGACGGGGACAGGCGGCUGCGGUGCCAGAACCGUGCUCUCACCCGGGGACUGCCCCUCUUAUGGGGGGGAGCGGGAUGCAAACCGUGCCAGGCAAAAUCUACUCUCGCUGAGGUUAUGCGCGGCCGGGGUGGGAAGGCUGCCGGCUCGCCGGUCGGUGCUCGGAGCGGCGGCCUCGCCGCAGCCGGGCUGCGGGGCUGCAGCAGCGCAGAGCGGGGACGAGGGGCGAACAGCGCUGCCCCCGGCCCUUCCCGGGCUUUUAAGGUUCAGCGGCUGGUUCCAGAGUUCAGAGAGGUUCGUGCUCCCAGCCAAAUUCCCCACAGGUGCCGACUGAAACGAUUCUGCCUACCUCAACACUUCCACUGGAUCUCUGCGCGCUUCCUGGCUUUGCUGCGGAGACGGUGAGGGGUUUUGAAAGGAAAAAAAAAGAAAGAAAGGAAGGGGGGAAGAAAAGAAAGAGCACAAAACUCAACCGACUCCACAGAGCUGCGUCCCCCUGUAUUUCAGUGUUCCCUGCAUUUUCCCUCCUGCCUUUCCUCUUCUUUAAUGCCAAAUUUACGGUUGCGUAAUGCUGCACGAUCCCCAAAUGGAAAGCGGUAGAGAAACAUGCUAAUUAUGAUUUCUUUUAAUUGUACGUGGGAACACUUCACCAGCAAGUAGAUGCAAUCACGUGCUGAGGAAGGCACGGCACGGCUGGGGACGGCUGCUCUUUUUCCCAUCGGUGUGUGAAAAGCUCUUAACACUCCUUUCUUCACUCCUAAGGUACGGUACAGCAUUUGCUUUCUUUUGAGGAGGUACUGCGAUAACUCAAAAUCAGAACAUCGAAAGAGGGGCGGGCACGCACACACGAAUGCCGGUGUAUGCACACACACGUCAGUGUCAACACUGAAACCUUCCUUUGAAGAGUCCUUCCACGACCAAACUUCUGUUGUUCUGCCGCUCCUUCUAUCGAACCCCUUCCCUGAGAACCGUUAAAAUACCUGAAGGUGCUACCGGCAGAGAGAGGCCCUCCCACCGGCACCGGGUGCCCCUCGCACAGCCCAAGGCUCAAGGCCACGCUCCAGGCCCCAGCAUUGUGCUGCACCGUCAGCCAUAGCCUCCAGAGGACGGCCAGCAGUGAAGGUGAGAAGUAUGUUGGCAAGCAUGACAAAGUACUACCAAGACAGGCUAGAAGGCAAGAAAAGCACACAUUAGCACUUCUGUGAUGGGUCCACAAGGGUCCACUGGCAGCGUGGGCCGAUCCCUGUGGGGCCACCAAGGCCGGCUCUGAACCACGCUGCUUAACCCCCUGUAUCUUAAAGACUUAUCAGUGCACUUCAUUCACACCAAUCUAUAUUAUUGCUCCUAUGGCUGUUGACUUCCAUUCAGAAAACCUGGAUCAAAUAAUACAGAUUUUUUAUUUUAUUUUUUUACCCAGAAGACAUAAAACGGAUCCCCUAAGGUAGGAAGUGAAUGAUAGGCUCGGCUGUUGAUGAAAAAGCAAGUAAGUACUUCCAGAUGAUAUUAACGUGAUCUUAAAAUAGUGGGAAAGUUUUCUUUUAUGACAUUGACAGAGAGGCAAUGAUUUUGAGUAAUGCAGGUUGAUGUGGAGAUGCUUUAAGAUUAAAUAAGUGCUAUAUAAAGGCCUGUCAGCCUGAAUUCUAAUGUGCUAUGAGACAUUUUGCAUAUUUAAGAGUAUGCAAAAUGUCUUGUACCACACCGGAAUUCAUUCUGACAAGGCUUUAUAUAGCAUUUAUUUACACUCGUAUUGUACUUCAAGGGAAGAGGGUGAUGCUCUCUACUCUUUGAAUGGAAGUAACAAAAGGUGAUGCUGAUCGGCUUAUUUCCUCCCUAGAAAACAAAAAUAAAACCAAAAAAACCCCCACAACACAAAAAAUAAAAUAAAAGCAAUCAAAAGUGGAAGCUUGUUUAAUAUUGCUCUACCAUCAUCCUGAAAGGCAUAAUAAUUUGAGUUACACAUCUGAACUGAUUGGAGUUACAGAAUCAUAUCUCCUUUUUGCAUUUAACAAUAUAUACAAUAUAAAAUAAAUACAUUUACACAAAUGGACAUUGGUUGGAGCACACGGUAUGAUACACAUCACAAAAAUAUACAGUUGAUUGCUAUACAGAUGUGAAGCCCAUCUACAGCUAUAGACAUGUUUGUUUUUAUUUUUUGUUCUGUUUCGCUUUUUAACUACUGGCUAUUAUGCAACUCCUGGAUUAUUAUAAGCAGUUUAAUUUUUUUUUGUCCUUUUGCGAUCUUUGCACGAUAAGACUGCCAUAAAAUGUUUUCCUAGGCAGGUAAACAGAGACGCUUAAAUAAUUAAAAUACAAUCACCAACACCCAUUUUCUCUUCUAUAAGAAAAAUAGCAGUUUUAAUUUUUUAUAUCUUUUUAUGUUAUCAUUUAAAUGCAAAAUAGUGGAAUAAAUACAACAAUCUGAUCUGAUUGAAACAAAUGUGUAACUUCUGGGAGUCACACAAUCAUAUUGCUUUAAAUAAGAAAAAAAAUUAAAAAAAAUGAAGCAAAAAUAGAAAUUAAAUCGUUAUGGCUAAAACAUACACCCUUCGGAAAUUUCCCAACACUUCACAUUAAGUAAGUGGUCUUGUAAGAACUCUUCUCCAGCAAGGUUUAAGAUGAACAAUAUGGUAAAGCCCGUGCGGUUCUUUUAGCUCUAGUUCAGGCAAUGCUUUUACAGUCUUGAGAUACUUGUUCUUUUGCAGCUCCAAAAAAUUACCGAAAAUGAAAACUAAAAUUUGCACCGUGUGCCUUUAACACAUCUCCAUUUCUGUGCGUGUGUGGUUUUGUAUAUUUCUAGUCGACUGGCUUUUGACCCUGAAGCCCAAGUUCUUUAAUGUGAUACAGCAAAAACAAUAUUUAUAUUAUAUAUUUAUAUAUAUAUAGUGUACUUGAACAGUAGCAACUUAAACCCUGCACAAACUUUCUGGAAAAUAAACUUUUUUUUUUUCUUUUGCACUCUUACAUAUAUAAAUAAUCUUAUAGAAUCAGCACCUUUUUCCCAGGAGUUGUAUUUUUUCUGACUUUUUUUUUUUAAAAAGGGAUGUGCCAAUUUCUGAACUCCUAUCACAGCUAUAAAUUUCAAGUUAUUGACCAUCUGAAUGAAUUGCUAAUGAUGAUUUACCUAGAAUCACACUACAGUCACUUCUCUACUGAGAAAACACAACCUACAAUAUAGUCCCAUAUAGCUAAUGAUAGAUACACAGUCUUUUCUAGCACGAGGCCGAUGUCGCAUCGGCCCAUUGUUAUUUUGUUUAAAGCACACAACGUAGCAAUAGUUUUGGAAACUUGUCCGCACCAAAAAAGUUUUGCAACAACACAGAGCGAGUUAAUAACAACAUCUGAGAGAUGAUUGGAUAAAAGCUAUAUUUACAGCGUUUAAAAAUUAGACUUAUCUAUAAUCUUGAAAUAUUCAAAGUUUUAUUUCUAAGCUAUACAUUGGUAUUCUAUAAUAAACUGUUACAGAAAUUAUCCCUUGUUUUGAAAAUAUUAUGAUUUCGAUGUGUAUCUGUUCAUAACGAGUAUCUGUUUGGAGUUUCGAUCUCUUAAUUAUUACUAGGAAGAACCUUAUUACCGGUAAGGAAUAGAAUAUACUACUGUAAUCUCCUGAGGAAUUGUACAUCCAAUAUUGUCUCUAAUUCUACCCUGUGUCUAUAAGCACACACCACAAGAAUCCAAACACCACAAGAAGAACAAGACAACAGUCUUUGAAUGCAACAUAAAAAUUCAGAAAAGCACAGCAAACAUGAAACAUUGAAAAGCUGAACUACAUUUCUUUUGUUUGUUAGGAUUACAAUUUUAAUUACAUCUGUGUACAUAGAAUAAGGAUGUUCACAUAGUACAGGGAGCAGCUACUAACACUGGUACAUUGGUAUAGCGUUUGAUGGAGGUUACUGUUUAUUGGUUAUUUAGCGACUGUAGUUUUCUGGGGGCAUCUAAUCGGUUUAUACAUUAGAUUACACCUCUUAACAGUCUUGAAACUGACUGACUUCCAUGCUGUGACAAUACUGGUUGAAAAGCACGUAUACUGGUUUAGCUACUUGUUAACAAUUGCCAUUUACAAAAUAAAAUCUAAAUUAAUAAAUAAGGUAUAGAAGUGUUAAAUCGUUGAAUUUGGUCAGAAGUCUACUACUCUGAUUUCUUAAUUUUGCAGACGUUGGCGUUUGCCUUAUUGCCUCUAAGCUACUGAGGGUUUCUCCGUGUGUAAGGUUAUAAUUUUGCAAACAGGCAGUAUCUCAUUCAUCGACAACUGAAGCAGUUAGAAAUCACGUAGCAACUAUACCUCUGUACAGUCGCUGUCUCCUAACACCUUUAUAGAUUGGUAUUUGACAUGGCGUAUUUAUAUGCUAGACUACUCAGAUAUACCGUAGGUGUAAUCUAAUCCUUUGAGUCAGUGAACAUUUAGUUAUAAACUGGAGCUCAUGUUAAGAAACUGGAUGUUUUGGACCAGACUGGCACACAACAUAAAUUGCAUCCGUGAUAAUAUGCACCUUCCCUUCAACUAUUGCUUUAGUAAGAUAAAUUCCCACAUUAAUAAAUGGCUGAAAACUGGUAAAGCUGGUACAAAAAAAUCUCCGUUAGUAAGAAGAAACAAAACAUUUAAAAAAAUCUUCCUUCAGGAUUCAUUUGUCCUUCAUUAUUGUUCAUCAUUGUUCAAGCCAGCACAAAAAUGCAGUAUUUCUUUCUCUUUAGUAUUGCAUGAAUGAAUAAAGCUUAAACUAUUCCCUGAAAAAGUUACAUUGUAGCUAACCUAAGAAAUAUCUGGAA